UGAGUUUGGAGCGGGUACUGUGAAAUGUUGUAAGCAUGAUGUUGCCUGGAUAAUCAGCGGAGGACGGUUAGGAGACGCAGACCCACAACCGGCUGAAGGCAAGUGAAGCAGGCAGGACAGCCACACCUCAUGCGUGGCCACAGCAAAGGUCCGAGUGGAUACGGGUCUGACAAACAUGGGUGUGCUCCAGCUCCACAACCCCACUCACUCCAGCACGCUCCUGCAGCGGGCCAAUCAGAUGCGUCUGACCGGUACCUUGUGUGACGUCAUCAUCACAGUGGACGGCCAGGAGUUCCCGGCGCACCGCACCGUCCUGGCCUGCACCAGCAAGAUGUUCGAGAUCCUGUUCCACCGCAGCAGCCUGCGCUACGCCCUCGACUUCCUGUCCCCGAAGACCUUCCAGCAGAUCCUGGAGUACGCCUACACCGCCUCGCUGCAGGCCACGGCCGAAGACCUGGACGACCUGCUGUACGCCGCCGAGAUCCUGGAGAUCGAGUACCUGGAGGAGCAGUGCCUCAAGGUGCUGGAGACCAUCCAGGCGGAGGAGAGCGAAGAGGUGGCGGUGAAGAAUCACACCUCCGGAGACCACAGCGACCACAGCCGGGCCAGGCACUGGAGGCACAUGCUGAUGUCUAAGAAGCAUUCCAUACAGGACGGACCCACCCGCACCACUCCCACGGCCCUGCACCACCUGGCGCUCUACCACAUGACGGAGAGGAGCUCCCCCGGCCCAGAGUCCGAAGGGGCUCCCAAAUCGAGCCCCAAGACGGACACUGAGGUCGACAUGGAGCAGCAGGGUCAGAGCCUAGACUUGUCCCAGGACUCGUCCCUGGAUCCUGCCAGAAGCAUCAAAUCAGAGCGCAUGCAGGUGGACGACGCCAACGGCUACGAGGGCAGAUCCUCCAGCGCCGGGGAGGGAAGCUGCAUGUCAGACCAGCCCAGAGAAGAGGGCCCGGGGACGCCCCUGAGAGGCAGCGUGAUCACCAGCGCCAGAGAGCUGCACACGAGCCCCGAAGAAGGAGGGCAAGUGGUGGCGAACACUCUUGACUGUUUCCCCGGCAUCGCUGACAAACACCUGGCCUCCAUUUACUCGGUGCCCUCCAACCACACAGGGGAGGGCUUGCCGGUGUCCGUCUCGGUGGCCCCGUCCCUGGGCGUGCCGCUGGACCCGAGGGCCUACAGCGGUCUGCUGCACCAGGGCUUGCUGCACAGGGAGCUCCUGAGCCGGCUGGGCCAGUUUGCAGCGGGGAUGAGGCACGAGGGCCAGACUCAAGGCCAGCAGUGUUGUGGCGAAUGUGGGCUUCAGCUGCACAGCAGGCAGGCGAUAGAGCAGCACAGGAGGCUGCAUAAUGAGGAGAAGGGCAACGGCUGUGAAUACUGUGGCAAACACUUCCAGGACAGCAUGCGUCUGAGGAUGCACAUGUUGUCUCACACAGCUCCCGCGGAGGCGCUGGUGUGUGAUCAGUGUGGAGCGACGUUCUCCUCGGAGGAUGCUCUGGAGGCCCACAGGCAAACGCACACAGGGACUGACAUGGCGGUGUUCUGUCUGCUGUGUGCAAAGCGCUUCCAGACCCAGAAGGCCCUGCAGCAGCACAUGGAGGUCCACGCAGGCAUGCACAGCUACAUCUGUAGCCACUGCGAGCGCCCCUUUCCGAGCCACACUACCCUCAAAAGACACUUGCGCUCGCACACGGGCGAUCACCCGUUUGAGUGUGAAUUCUGCGGGAGCUGCUUCAGAGAUGACGGCACGCUGAGGGGCCAUAAACGCAUCCACACAGGAGAGAAGCCUUACGAGUGCAACGGCUGCGGGAAGAGGUUCAGCCUGAAACACCAGCUGGAGACGCAUUACCGUGUUCACACAGGUGAGAAGCCAUUUGAGUGUAAGCUCUGUCACCAGCGGUCCAGAGACUACUCGGCUAUGAUCAAACACCUGCGCACCCACAACGGAGCGUCUCCGUACCAGUGCACCAUCUGCCAGGACUUCUGCCCCAGCCUGGCCGCCAUGCAGAAGCACAUGAAGGGCCACAAGCCCGAGGAGGUGCCGCCGGACUGGAGGAUAGAAAAGACUUACCUGUAUGUCUGUUACGUCUGAGCAGGACUUGGACACCUUGCACAGUCUCACACUUGCGCACAGACACACACACGCCCACACCUACACACACACACACACACACACACACUGUCACUGUUGGAUGAGAAGCUGGUAGCUCUGGUGUUGCUGAUUUUUAAUGCUGAAGGAUUACAUGUUUCUGUGAGGGUUUUUUAAAAAAAGCUCUUUUUGGAUAAACUGAAAAGUGCAUUGCAGUAAAGUUGUCAUUCAAGGUGAUAGUGCAGUUUUUAACCUGAAGACGGAGACAUGCGAGCGUGAAUAUGAAAUGUGUGUACACGUUAGGGCUGCAAGUAAUGAUGAGUUUCAUUACCAGUCGGAUUUUUUUUUUUAAAUGUCCGAAAAUAGGCACAUUUUGGCGACAAGAUGACAUUUUUCAAAUAGUUUUGUUCGACCAAUCCAAAGAGAUUCAGUUUGCAAUUAUAGAAAAACUCCCACAUUUUCAGACACAAGUAAAUAUUUAGAAAUUUUCCUUAAAACAAACAAAAAAAAGAGGCUGAAAAGAUCGAUUGAUUGUCAAAAUUGUCGACAGUUACCUGACGACUUCACUGUUUUUUGCCUGCAAACACACACGGAAACACACAAACACACACACACACGGUUUCUCUCUCCCUCGUUCUCACACGCAGUUUUGAUAAACUGUAUCUCUAAUGGAUCCACUGUGGUUAAAAAUCGAUGCCACAACGGCUGUGACUGCUGACCUGUAUGUGCAGCAGCAGCAUUCUGACUGAUUGCUUAACCGUCAGGCAACUCGAGUCAUCUUCUAUGAUUGUGCAGUAGAUGUUGAAAAUAAUUCCACAAAGGCUUGAUUGGCUGAACUUUGCAACAUUUUCUCUCCUAAUUUCCUGUGACUUCUUCUUCUUCUGUUUUUUUUUUCUCUCUCUCUCUCUCUCUCCCUUUUUGCUGUUGGAUUUUUUAUUUUGGAGUUGUUUAUUUUCUGCAUGUUUUACUUGAAUGGCUGCCACGUUUUGACCUCAUAAGCUUGAUCUCUUUAAUUGCCUUGUCUUUCUUGCAGUGGGUGUUAUUGUUUCGAGGUAGCUGGCUCACGAUUUGAGUUUGUUUUUUGUUUUUUUUCCUCUCGUAAUAGGUUUUGCUAUUUAUAUGUUGUUUUUAUUUGUUACCAAAUAUGUGCUGGUUUUCAUCACACAGUCCGUGUCUCUCGGGAUGGUUUCUAGUAGAGCGAGCUCUACCUCUCCUCACUCUUUCGCUGUUUGUUUUUGUUUGUUUUUCCUAAAUCCACUGCAAAAAUUAUUCAUCCAUCAGUGGUUUUAAUUUUUCUAACAAAUACAUCACAAAUUUACAUGGUCAAACAGUGUGUUUGAAAAAAAAAAAAUAAUAAUUAAAAAAUGCGACAAAGCCUGGAAACGGCUUUUAUGUGAAGGUUUUUUUUUUUUUUUUUAUCAUCCACUAUAUAUAGAUGUCUUAUAAAAAUCACAGAAUAAGAAUUUUCUAGGAGAAAAUUGAAGAAAAGAUGAAAAGAAGUUGUUUUUUUUUAUAAAACGUGGAAAAAAAAAAAGAAAAUUCUGACAUUGAAUUACUAUGAGCAGGCUAUCGUCAGUCGUAGUGUAGCUGUAAUGUACAAACUGUCAUGGUAUGUUAUUCCCUUAUGUGAGCCUAACACGGGCCUUAUAGAUUUAAAACAUGUUGUAUUUUUGUAUUACAGUAAUUUGCUAUCUGUUUACAUUUGGUAUGAUUUGAGAAACAUCUUAAUGUGUGUGUUUUAUAAGUCUCUGAUUUGAUUAAGAUCCCUCCCUUGUGCCUCUUUUAUAAGUAGAGCAUUGAUGUGCUUGAGUACAUGGGUCUGUGCUAUUGGUAGUUGUUUCUGGGUGUUUGUUUAUUGUUACUUAAUUAAAGAUAGACUGCCAUGUAGAUCCACUUUGUCUGAACAUUGCAACUGGAAGCAACAUACUGUGAUAGUGGCUGAUACUCUGAUGCAAGUUCCAAGCAAUUUUGAUGUAAAAUAAAAGUACACGCUUGUCUCAAAUUGUUCCCUUCAAAGUGACAAUGGACUGAGAUCUUUGGAAUGAAAACUGUGUGUAUUUGCAAAUCUUGGCAUCUGCGGGCAUUACCAAUGCCUUCUUAAGUAGCCAACAACACUCAGUGCCAUGAAAACACACAUUCACUGUAUCUAUUCUACAUGAACAUGCACUAUAAAUGGAUUUCCUCGGUGGACCAAAAGAAAUAGAGCACUUUUGUUUGAAAAGGGUUUUUUCUUUGAUCUUUCUAUGUUGUGAUAAUGCAGCUGUCUUUUAUUUGAUGUGUCCUAGAAGGAUGUGAUUAGCAUUGUUUAGAUUAUGUCAAUGUCUGUCUACCUCAGGGCCAGAUCAAAGCUCGACCUGGUAUCCAAUCAGGGUUGUUCUUCUUGCCAUGUGUGCAGUAAAAUCCCUCUUCAUUACAGCUUUGUAACACAGUGUGUGAAAGUGUUUUUCUCAGUGUGGAUUCAGGCACAAACUCUGUAUGCGUCAGUGUUCAGUGGCAUGGUUUAAAAAAAGAAUAAAACAAUUUACUAUUUUAUGCA